UCUAUCCUCUCUCUCUCUAAAACCCCCAAAACCCUAAUCCCAUUAGUGACGCAGAGAAAGCGAUGCCUUCUAAGGGGAAGAAAUCAUCGAAACCCGAUCGAUCUCCGAUCUCUCGAGCUCCAUCAACUCCCACUUCCGCUCGCGGACCGGAAUCCGAGAACGACGAUGAACUCCACUUACAGAGACUACUCUCGCAAGCUUCAGCCAAGUUCCCAAACUUCAUCAACGAAUCCGCUUUCAUCGGAAGAAUCUGCGACCAGGAUUCUGAUUUUUCAAAGGGGAAUCAGGCUAGGGUUUGGCUAUCGGAAUCCGCCAUGGUGUCGUUCUCCAUAUCCCCUGGAUCGCUGGUCUCGGUAGCACUGCCUGCAUCAGGCAAGAAAUCAUUGAGUAACUGCCCACUUGACAGUUUAGCGGAGGAGUGUGCUAGACAUCUGGGUGUUGAUGAUGGUGAUGACAACCUUAGCGGAGGAGCUGGUAAUUACUUUGCAAUUGCAACUGUUUUCCCUUCUCGUAAGGUUCUCAAAAAUGGUGUAAAGAUUUGCAUGGCCCUUUCAUGCACUAAUGGCCACUCUGCCUGCAGGAAAAUCCGAUUUUUCUUUUCUUUGAGAAGUUCUGACAAGUUGAACAAGAAAGCUAAUAAUACUCACAUCUACCUUCACAAAUGCAAGGACCUUCAUCUAAGUCUUGUUCUUCCCAGGGUUGUUUCGGAUACUAGCAACAAGGGGUUAUCAAUCAAUGGCACUUUACUUGAAUCUGCCAGGGUCAUAAGUGAAAAGGGAGUUGAUCUGUCUCCAAAGACACCGAUACCUCAACCAAAGCUUUCUUCUCCUGGCGCUACACCUGUCCAUUCUAGGAAACCCCAUGAUUCUAUAGCAAGGAAUGGUUCUUCAAUAUCCUCAGAUGUAUCUUCUGUGAGGCUGGCAUUGGCAGAUGAAAAGGCUAAUAAAUUGCUACAAGCAUCUGUAGCUAGGUGGCUGUAUGGCCGUUAUUUGCUCUGUGGGAAUAUUGUAACUGUUCCACUAAUACUCGGACAUAUUUGUGCAUUCCUAGUUGAAAGCGGUGAUAAUUUCUUGACUGACUGCAACAAUCAAGAUUUGAUGCAUGAAGAGAAUCAGGAUUUGUUAUCUCGUGAAAUGCAAGUCUGUACCUCUUGGGAGAAAUCUGGUGUUGCUUUUUUGUUGGACACUAAAAUGAAUAUUCUUCUUUCUGACCCCAUGUCUUUAGUUAGGGAAAACUCAAGUAAGAGAGGUGUAUUAAAAGAGGAUCUUACUUGUAAAACAACUAGUGAUACAGAAGCUUUUGAUCGACCAAAAUUAGGUGGACUAUCCAAAGAAUUUGCAGCUUUAAAGGAGAUCAUCAUGUUCUCAUUGGCGAACAAGGGCCACUUGCCAAGAUACAAAGGGGUGCUUCUGCAUGGUCCACCUGGAACAGGGAAAACAUCUUUAGCUGCUGCUUGUGCUCAUGAUGCUGGUGUGAGCCUGUUCUCUAUCAAUGGACCUGAAAUUAUUAGUCAAUAUUAUGGAGAAAGUGAGCAAGCAUUGCAUGAGGUGUUUGAGUCAGCAAGACGAGCUGCGCCUGCUGUGGUUUUCAUUGAUGAAUUGGAUGCCAUUGCUCCGACCCGAAAAGAUGCUGGUGAAGAGUUAUCUCUUAGAAUGGUUGCAACAUUGUUGAAGUUGAUGGAUGAGAUAAAAAGAGAUGAGAACAUACUUGUAAUUGCUGCUACAAAUCGACCAGAUAGUAUUGACCCUGCCAUGAGACGACCUGGAAGACUGGAUCGAGAGCUCGAAAUAGGAGUGCCAUCUCCCGAACAGAGAUUGGAUAUACUUCACACCCUCCUCCGUGGAAUUGAUCACUCAAUUAGCAACGUAGAAGUCCAGGCUCUGGCUGCAGAAACACAUGGGUUUGUGGGUGCUGAUUUAGCUGCUCUUUGCAAUGAAGCUGCACUGACAAGUCUUCGCCGCCAUAUUAAGUUCACAAAUUCUGCCCGGCAUUUUAAGGAUCCAUGUUCGAGACCUAACGGACUUGGUCCUAAUAUGCAAGCUUCUGAACUCCACAGAAAAGUGGAUGGGCUAUCUGUUGAUGUUAUCGAUUCUUUGUCAUCAUCACUGUCAGAAUUGAAUGUGACAGCGGUACCUAUCUCUCCUAUUAGUUCUCAUGGUGAAAGUGGUGAUGCUUCUAUUGAUGAGGUUAACAGAACUAAAGCAAUGAAAGAGGAGACAUCAUUGAAAGUGACUGCAGACGAUUUUUCAAAAGCUAAAAUGAAAGUGAGACCCAGUGCUAUGCGAGAGGUUAUGUUAGAGCUUCCAAAAGUACGUUGGGAAGAUGUUGGAGGCCAAGGGAAAGUUAAGAAACAGUUGAUUGAAGCUGUCCAAUGGCCACAAAUUUGUCCUGAUGCUUUUAAACGUAUAGGAAUUCGUCCACCGAGGGGAUUGCUAAUGAUUGGACCUCCAGGUUGUAGUAAGACCUUGACAGCCCGUGCGGUAGCUUCAGAAGCAAAGCUGAAUUUUCUUGCUGUUAAGGGCCCUGAACUUUUCAGCAAAUGGGUUGGAGAGUCUGAGAAGGCCGUCAGAUCUUUAUUUGCAAAGGCAAGAGCUAAUUCUCCUGCUAUAAUAUUCUUUGAUGAGUUAGAUGGGCUUGCAGUAUCUCGCGGCCAGGAAAGCGAUGGAACUUCCGUUGCUGAUAGGGUUCUAAGUCAAUUGCUUGUUGAAAUGGAUGGUCUGGACCAAAGAGUUGGUGUUACUGUUAUUGCAGCCACUAAUCGCCCUGACAAGAUUGACCCUGCUCUUUUAAGACCGGGGCGCUUUGACAGGCUAAUAGAUGUCCAACCACCAGAUGAAAAUGACCGAGAAGAUAUUUUCCGCAUUCAUACGAGGAACAUACCUGGCUCAUUGAUGUCACAGGAGAAGCUUGCCCGACUUACUGAAGGCUACACUGGUGCUGAUAUAAAGUUAAUAUGCAGAGAAGCAGCUAUAUCUGCACUAGAAGAGAGUUUAGAAACUUCAGAGAUAUCCAUGAAGCAUUUCAAGAUUGGAAUUGGGAGGGUACAUCCAUCAGAUGCCCAAUUUUACAGGGAACUUGCAACCCACUUCCGGAGGAUUGUGGACAGUGGAUCUCCAAGGGAUGGAUAAUGCAAAACUGAAACUUCCAGCUAUUAUCUUGUCAAUACAAUCCUCAACACCGGAAUUCAGUGGUCAUAACAGCAUUUCUUGCUUAUUCUAGACGUGGAAGAGUGGCAAAUUGAUGAAAUUCCACUUGUGUUACUCUCUAAUUAUGAUCUUAAUUUAAAGGAGAAGGAUGAUCGUGGUAGCGGCCAAGGUACUGCUCAUCAGGCCAUGUUUCGUCGCCAAGAGAUUUGUGAUUGAUCCCUCCACUGGCUGCAUGACUGUGCUGAUAGUUCAUUACUACAGUCGGACGAAUUUCCUCUUUUGUGUGCGCAAUUAUAUCACUAUUUUUCUUUAUUUUUGCUGGAAAUAUUUGUUGUAGAAUACAGGAUUGAGAUCUUUCCUUCUCAUUCAACCUCAGCUUUGGUUGGCUGUAAAUUAAGUUUUGAAAGAAUUAGGAACUUGAUAUUUCUGUUCUUUAUUGUAAAAGCUGUCGUUUAUAUUCACUCUUUUGGCCAUAGAUGAGAAUGAUUGUGCACUA